AUUGUAGAGCUUCAGAUAUAAUUCAAACACAAAAAUCAAUCAUGAAGACUUUUCCAAAAGAACAUUUAUAUGCUGCGACAAUUAAUGAUGAUUUUCUUUCUUAUUAUGAUAGCAGUGAUGAAAUUCAAUAUACUAUGAAAGAUGAUCUUGUAAAAACCGAAAAAGAAUUGAAUGUUAUUACUGGAGAUCUGAUGAUUACUUAUAAAAUAGAUAAAACUGGCAAACUAGAUAAAACUAAUGCACUUCAAGAGCUAAAGCAUAUUACAAGAAAUAACUUAUUACAUGAAUUAGAAGCUGAUUUUAAGUUUUAUAAUUAUUUAAUGAUAAUAACUUAG